GACACUGCAAAGCUCCAGACAUUCACAUCCCCGCCCUGCCGAAUAUCAGGCGCAAGACCCAUGUGUCGCUCACUUGACAUGUGCGAGUGUGAUGGCGAGCACGCAAAGUCGCGACCCGCGGCUAAACAACGCAAACAAGCGACCACCAAGCCGCUCACCUGAAGGACGCCUUGCGUCAAACAAGCGGCAGGCUACAAAGAGUACAGCAUUGAGCGCACUCACCAACAGGGGCUCCGCGUCCAAUGACGAAAACCGUGUGGGCUCGCCGGGCUCUGUAAAGCUGGCGGACAACCCAUCUCCAACGGUGGCGUUGGAGAAGUUCUUCGAUGCUUCCAUUUCGGCAGCAGUCUUGCGGGUUGAGCUUCAGUCAGCUGAAACAGAGCGACAGAGGGUUGACAGAGAGUACUCUUUGCUGAAAGAUAAGUUCAGUGAGUUUCCAGCCAUCAAGGCACAGAAAACGGCAGCUCGAACAAGGGCCCAGCAGGAAGUGGAGCGCAUUGAGCGGAAAAUCAACGACCAAGCUCCUGAGCAGAAGAAAAUCUUGAACACGCUUGCGAGUCUGUUCAAUCAAAGCGCGACGACCACCACCGCGCCUCAAAGUGCACCCAGUAUCUCAGAUGGACCUAGUCCUCUGGAAUUGCAGUCCGACAUCUCGAAGUUGAAAGCAAAAGUUGCCGCCUUGGAGGCGGUCACAAUCAAGAAGUCAGAUCUGGAUACCUCUGAGGUUUCCAAGAAGCUUGAGCAGCUUGAAAAGACGGCAUCGGAAGCCUCCCAGGAAUUACCAAGGUUGCGCGCUAGUCUGCAUAGCCUAGAAACGCAGGUCGCUCAACUGAAAACAACGUUACCCAAGGAAUUGGCGAGCCGGCUUCCGGCAGUCGAGGCAGAGUCGGCGCGCAAUAGCAAGACUAUCGUUCCGUUGCAAGGAAGCUUACAGACACUCGGCUCAAAAGUAGACCAAUUGGCAACUGAGCUUUCCCAGAAUGUAAAGAGCCGCAUUUUGACAGUCGAGGCAGAGUCAUCUGAGACGACCAAGGCUAUCACGCCACUGAAACAACGUAUUGGAGCACUCGAGACUUUACCUAGAGCCGCUGCAAGCAGGAGUCAACAACCGGAAGAGUCGCCGAAUACAGAGCAACUCCAUGCUCUGAGCAUACGCGUCAAACAGCUGGAAGACGAUAGCGAAGAUGACAAAGCCCAAAUCAUCAGCCACGUAGAUGGAGAGAUCACCGACCUGCGAGAUGAAGUCACGAAGAAGCUGGCCGAUGCUAAAGAAACUAUGAAACGGGAGAUUGACGAUGAUUUGGGAGCAUCACAAGAUCGGCUUCGGAAAACGAUCGACGAAGGUAUUACCACGGUACAACGUCAGCUUGCAGAGGUCAAGUCUCUGCUGGCUCAACAUACUACUUCGAUCGGAAAUUGCAUGGAGCGCCUACUGAGGUGCGAAGGGUCUCACAACAGUAGGCUGUCAACAGAAGAGCUAGGAAGUCUACGAAAGCUGGUUAUGGAGCUUCAAGAGAAGCUCGCGAAGGUGGAAAAUGAGCGAGACCCGAGGGCUCAGACCGUAGCUACACGGACGCCAGUAUGGCAAGCUGUGCUUCCUAGCAACGACGAGGACGAAAUGCACCCGCAAACCAAUGGUAUACCGCCAGCAGCCACUGAUCCCGAUCUAGUUACCAGAUUGGGAAGGGACAUCGAGAUGCUGAAAGGGGUCGCUGCAAGACACGAACGGUUGUAUAAUAAUCUCACCACGGACGAGAUUGUCAAACAGAUGGUCGACCAAAUGAGCGCCAUGUAUCCUGAUGCGAAGAACUUCCAGGUCGUCGCCAGUACGCUUCAGGCUGAGAUCAAGUCCACUCAGGAGACGCUCUCUACGGUUCAUGAGGCUGUCGAGAGGACGGUCAAAAGCAUGGCCGAGAUCACGAAGCACAUACCCAAUCUCCAGGAACAGCUCGAACAAGACGCAAACGCAUUGAGAGAGGACAUUUCGAGUAUCAAACUUCGUGUCGAGGAAUGUGCGAAGACGCUCGAGCAGGGCAAGAUCAAGUUGGCGGAAAUUGAGGAACUGGAGACUGAUGUGAAGGCCAUGACGCCGGCCGUUCGCAGUCUUACGAAAGCAGUCGAAAAGAUUCCUUUGCUGGAAGAGCAGAUUCAGAAACUGCAGGAUGCAUCGCGGAACAGACCCGCCAAAUCCUAGUGGGCAUAUGGAGACUGAAAAAACGUGGUCUGAGCUGUGAUUGUGUUGUAGCGUUUAGCAAGGCGUUGAUGGAGUCGGACGCGCAGAUUGUCGCGUCGAACGAUAUGUUUAGUAGAGAUACCCAGGCAUUAUUUUUCGAGCGGAGGCAUGUAGCUAGAGAAUGAAGAGACGGAUUCAGUGAACACCGAUAUUGGCCGCCUCCUCGGGGGCCAAGCAGAUACAUAGCAUCACGAUUGUGCCACGCCA